AUGUCCAAAAAUGAAAUUAGUAUAAUUCCACCACUAGAUUUAGGUGGAAUUAAAUUGAAAGAUGGUGAUGAAGAAAUAAUAACAACAGCACCAUUGGAAUUUAGUUUAUCACCAAGAUCGUCUUUUCCUGCGAAACCAUCGAUAAAUGAAUCACCAAGAAGUAUACUCUUGGCAACACAGAGAAUCCGAGCAUAUUCGACUCCAUCGAAAUUCGUGUCACUGAAUAGAUCUAGAAAUAGCUCAUUGACACCUCCUCUCUCACCACCAACAGCCAUCACCUAUACAAAAUCACCAGAGAACAGACAUAGAGCACGCACUGAAGGUUCCACUCUACCGACACCCAUCGAUGGAGAUUUCUUUUGCCCUGACAGUCCAUUAGGUUCACCACUAAUAAGAAAAAGAACAGAGAAAAAAGAUAAAGAUGAUUUUAUAUUAAAUGAAAAGUUAGAUGAUACUGAUGAUGCAAUUAGUAUUCCUUACAACUUUAAACAUUUGAAGCAUGUAGAUAAGGAAAACAAGAGAAUAGUAGAUGAACAAUUCAUUCUGGAAAAGAUACCCAAUGGAAAAGAAGGAUGGUUGGGAAAGAAAAGUGGAAAAUCAAAUAAGACUUUCUGGGCUGUUGUAUAUAUGGGUGAAUUGAAACUAUAUAAAACUAAUACAAAAGAUAAAUUGAAAUAUUCAUUGAUUCUAUAUCAAUGUAAAUUAAUAUGUAAACAACAGACACCUUUGGAGCUAAGUUUAGAAUCUACCAAUGGAAAAGAUGUUAUUACACUAAUUGGGUCAGAAGUAAAGGAGAUGGAUGAGUGGAAAUCUGUUCUUUUGGAUGAUGGUGCCAUUUCCAAUGAGAUAUCGGAACUACAGAGAAUUAGAAUGGAACGUUCAAUAAUGAAAGAGAAGCAUACAAAGAAGCAACAAGAGGAUGACUAUGUGAGAUCAGAGAAGUUAAGACGUUCAGAAGGAAAGAGAUCAAGUAUAAAUGUAAAUCAUCCUUUUCAAGAUAAUGAGCUACUGGUAAUGUCUUGGAGUAUUACGUCGGAACUAUUUUAUAUCAAUGAUAACAGCAAUAACAAAAAGAAGCAAUCAUUUAGAAUUAAAGUAUCUAUCGGUCAAUUCGAAUGGAAUAUAAUUAGAGAAACAAGUAAUAUUAUUAAAUAUUAUAAAAAAUUAAUAGAAUUAUUACCAAAUUUAAAAGGAUCAAUAUAUGAUAAUAGUAACAAUAGUAGUAAUAGUAGUUUAAAAAAUAAUGAAUUAUUGGUAGAGAAUAUAGAUAUAUUCCUAAGAUUAUUAGUCAACAACAGAGAAAUCGUCAUGCGUGAUAAAAUUCAUAGAAAAUCAUUUCUCAAAUUCAUUCUUCCACUCUAUUGGCAAGAUGAGAAACCAAAUGAUUUUGUAUUACCUUUUAUUAUUUAA